CACAAUCAGGCAUCAGUCAGCGUUCGUUCGUCCCACAGCAAACACAAGACAACUACAACCAAACACAGCAUGCAGAAGGGAAGCAUUCUAAUUGUGGCACUUGUUGCUCUGGGAGCCAUAGCCGAGGCAUCGGCUCAAACAAUGCCCUACCACCCACCGCCGACACAGCCACCACGCUGGCGGUUCCGUCGCCAGGUUCUGGGCGGUUCAUUGGCAUCGAAUCCGGCCGGGGGCGCCGAUGCCCGCAUGGAUCUGACCAAGGCAUUUGGCACUCCCGAACACAAUGCGGUGGUUCAGGCGUUUGCAGCUGGAAACACCCAAUCGGGUCCAGCCACCGUUGGCGGAACUGCGGCCUACAAUAACCAUGGCCAUGGUGCCUCUGUGACCAGGACCCACACUCCCGGCGUGAAGGACGCCUUCCAGCAGGAGGUGCAUGCCAAUCUCUUCAACGACGGCGUACACAAUCUCGAUGCCAAGGCGUUUGCCUCGCAGAACAAGCUGGCCAAAGGCUUCGAGUUCCAACGCAAUGGCGCCGCCCUCGACUACUCCCACAUCAAUGGUCAUGGUGCCAGUGUGACGCACAGCAAUUUCCCCGGCAUCGGUCGUCAGUUGGGCGCUGAGGCCCGUGCCAAUCUCUGGUCAUCGGCCGAUCGCAACACGCACAUCGAUCUGAAUGGAACGGCCAACAAGUGGAUGAGUGGCCCGUUCGCCAAUCAAAGGACAGACUUUGGCGCUGGCCUGGGUCUGACCCAUCAUUUCGGUGGUUAAAGCUGACUUUUAGAUGAUACUUACAAUUUGUCAUUUUUUACUUAAUUUAAUUGAAAUAAUAAAAUUUUGAAACUUU